AUGAAGGACGGAGUAUUGUUUUAUGAAGACAGAGUUGUUGUACCGCAGAUAGGGGAGCUUAGACAAAAGAUUCUACAUGAAGCUCAUAACAGUCCAUACACAAUGCAACCAGGUAGUACCAAGAUGUAUCACGAUUUGAAGAAAGGUUAUUGGUGGCCGGGUAUGAAGAAAGACAUCGGAAAUGUUGUAACAAGAUGUUUAACAUGUCAACAAGUAAAAGCAGAACAUCAAUUGCCAGCUGGGUUACUUCAUCCAGUAACAGUGCCAACAUGGAAGUGGGAUCAGAUCACGAUGGAUUUUGUUACUGGAUCACCUCAGACGCAGCGGAAGCAUGAUGCAGUAUGGUUAGCAGAAAUUUAUCUUCGUGAGAUAGUUCGACUACAUGGAGUUCCAUCAUCCAUUAUCUCUGAUCGUGAUCCAAGGUUUACAUCGAAGUUCUGGGGUAAACUGCAGGAGGCAUUAGGAACGAAACUGCAUUUCAGCACUGCAUUUCAUCCGCAAACAGAUGGGCAAUCAGAGAGACCAGAAGAGAUUGAAAUUCAGCCGGACUACACUUAUGAAGAUGAAGAAGAACCAGUUCAGAUCUUAGCCAGAGAAAUUAAAGAAUUACGGAACAAGAAAAUAGCAUUGGUAAAAGUUCUUUGGAGGAAUCAUAAUACAGAAGAAGCAACUUCGGAAUUUGAAGACACCAUGCAACAACAGUAUCCGCAAUUGUUCACAACAGGUAAACUUCGGGACGAACAUUUAGGGGAAUUCGAUUUCAUGGCGGAGGAAGGAGAGGGAGAUGAAAUCGACCAAAUGGAAGAUGGAAGUAAUUAUGGAGGACAAGACAGUGUAGAAAUGGAAGCAGAUGAAUAUGACAUGCUGACCAAGGUCACUGAUACAUCUUCUGCCCAAGCUAGGGAUGCGAAAGACAUACAAGGAAUUCCAUGGGAGAGAUUGAAUAUAACUAGGGAUAAGUACAGAUUGACAAGGCUUGAACAGUACAAGAAUUAUGAGAACAUUCCUUUAUCUGGUCAAGCUGUGGAUAAGGAGUGCAAACAAAUGGAGAAGGGAGGGAACUACUACGAAUUCUUCCUUAAUACUGGAUUGGUGAAGCCCACAAUUCUUCAUUUUCAGCUUAGGAACUUGGUUUGGGCUACUACAAAACAUGAUGUCUAUCUCAUGUCUAAAUAUUCAGUCAUGCACUGGUCAUCAUUAUCUAGCAAUUUGUCCGAGGUUAUCAAUUUUGCAGGACAUGUAGCACCUAAUGAGAAACAUGCAGGGAGUUUGUUAGAAGGUUUUACCCAAACUCAGAUUAGCACAUUAGCAGUCAAGGAUAAUUUUCUUGUAGCAGGGGGCUUCCAAGGAGAGCUUACUUGCAAACGUUUGGAUAAAGGAAGGCAUUUAGCUUUUACCCGCACCACCUAUGAUGAUAAUGCCAUCACAAAUGCUAUUGAGAUAUUAAUGACAGCUUUGAGGUAGGGCGGUGGAAUCCAUUUCAUCACAUCCAAUCAUGACUGUGGUGUAAGAGAAUAUGACAUGGAGAGGUUUUCAGCUUCCUGAAAUCACUUGUCGCUUCUCUUGGCCAGUAAUCAUACUUCAUUGAGCCCUGACGGUAGACUAAUAGCUGUUGUUGGAGAUCACCUGGAUGGAUUGCUGGUUGAUGCGCAGAAUGGAAAGACUGUAGCCACUGUCAAAGGUCAUCUAGAUUAUUCUUUUGCGUCUGCAUGGCAUCCAGAUGGACAUGUUUUUGCCACAGGUAAUCAGGACAAGACCUGCCGGGUGUGGGAUAUAAGAAACUUGUCGUCGCCCGUUUCAGUUCUCAAGGGAAACUUGGGUGCUGUUCGAUCUAUUCGCUUCUCGUCAGAUGGUGAGUUCAUGGUGGUGGCUGAACCUGCAGAUUUUGUUCAUGUGUAUAGUACCAGAGCCGAUUACAAAAGGCGGCAAGAGAUAGAUUUCUUUGGUGAGAUAUCAGGAGUGGCUCUAAGUCCAGACGACGAAUCCUUAUACAUCGGAAUUUGGGAUCGGACUUAUGGAAGUUUGCUACAAUAUAGCAAAAGGCAUACAUAAUGAUAUCUUGAUUCAUACCUAUGAUAUAUUUUUACCCGAACGAUUUUCUUUGGAAGUGCGCUUUUUGUAUCAUCUUCAGGUGAACUAAUUAGUUGAGUUGAGAUAAAAGACAAUGAUAAAAUAAAUAUGUCAGUAAGAAACUUAGAUUGUGUACAGUUGAUAUUUUGAUCUUCAUAUAAAGUGAGAAAAAACUGGUCUUUGUAAGCCCCUUUAUGGUUCCAAUAGAAAUUUCACUAACCGCAUAAAUUUGCAGUUCGGAAUGGUUUGCAUAA